AUUGUUUACAAACGGAGCGCAGCGGGGCCGAGCUCCAGCCUCGGCCGCGGCCGCCGGAGCCGCGCGUGCUGCCGGGCGGCCCCCCCCCCCCCCCCUCCCCGGGCCACCCUCCCCCGGUGUCCCCCCCCCCCCCCUCCCCGGGCCGCGAUGCCGUGCCGGCCGGGCGAGCGCUUCGUGCUGCUCGAGCGGCCGGCGGCCGCCCCGCAGGCGGGCCCCAAGGAGGUGGACGCGCUGGUGGCCAAGCUGGGCGAGGUGCUGCAGCUCAGCGCUCAGCACCGGGCUCCCCGCGGCGCCGCCAAGCACCCGGGGCCGGGCAGCGCCCGGGACCGCGCCGCCCCUUACUCGCCGCGCUGCCCCUCGGCGGCCGGCGUCGGAGGCGGCGGCUGCGGGGCCCCGGUUCAGCCGCCGCCGCCGCGGGUCGCCAAGCAGCUGUGCGGCCGCGGCUGGCUGCGGAGCGCCGCCCGACGGAGGAAGGAGCAGCGGCAGCGGCAGCAGCAGCAGCGGCAGCGGGCGGCGGACGGGCCGGCGGCGGACGGGCCGGCGGCGGACGAGGAGGACGACGACGACCCGCACCGGCUCCUGCAGCAGCUCAUCCUCUCCGGGAACCUCAUCAAGGAGGCCGUGCGGCGGCUGCAGCUGGCCGUGGCGGCCUCCUCCGCCUCCUCCGCCUCCUCCUCAGCCUCCUCUUCCUCGGCGGCCAGCGGCGGGGGCGGCGAGGCGCUGCGGGCCCUGCAGUAGCCUCCCCCCUCUUCUCCGGGCGAGCUGGGCUGAAGGAGAAGCCGCCAGCGGGGGCUUGGGGGGCUUGGGGUGAGGCCCUAACCCCCCCGCCGCCUCCUCCUCCUCCUCCUCCUCUUCCUCUUCUUCCUCUUCUUCCUCCCUCGCCCGGGGUCCCGCUCCGGCCGGAGCCAUCUGCAAUAAUCCCGUGUGGUGGCCCUGGGGGGGGUGCCCGGCCCCCUCCCCGCAGGUUUGGCCGGGUGGCGGUGUUAUUUUUUUUAAUUUUAUUUUAAAUGUUCUAUUAUUCCCCCCCCCCCCCCCCCCCCUUCUCUCUCUCCCGUCGUGACUGUAUGAAGCAGUUUUCAAAAAAUGUGAAUAUCGAAGCUGGAAGGCAGCUGGACUUAUAAUUGUAACGCCUGAGGAGUGAAUGGAGCCAGAGAUGCAUUGUUCGCAUAAGGUAGCCGAAACAAGUUUUUUUUUCUACAAAAAAAGAAGAAAAAAAAACCUCAGAAAACAAAUCCACCCCUCCCCGACAAACUCAAUGGCUCAACUACAAGAUGCGGCUGUUGAUUAAAUAUAUGCACUUCGUACCGGAGCGUUUGAAAUGUGUUCCUGAUUUACAGGACUUACUGUCUUAAUUAACCUGUCUGUAUUGAAUAAACGUGGUCUUGUUUUUA